AUUGAAAGAGCCCCAUUUCCCAUUUGUGAUCCAAGGGCUCGAUAUGAGGUUCAAAUUCCUAUGGUUGAGGAACAAUGCGGCGCAAAAUUUCCAUGGAAAAUUCAGAUUAGGGUUCCAAGCAUACCUCAUAAAAGGUGUUCUUCCUCGCACUCCCAUUUCAUACAGGCCCUUCUUCCACAUCUCCCAUCAUAUUCAUCAUACCCAAAGUUGCGAAACGACUAGAAACUGUCAUGAAACGACUAAACUUUCAAACCCAGUUGCUGUCUCAGAUGAUUCCAUCAACGUUUAUGACCAAUCUGCUGUUUAUGUCCAAAACGUCCUCAAAUUUAGAAGACACAAACCAGUGGAGGAGAUCGAGACGGCUCUUAAUCGAUGCAGCCUCGUCUUAACCGAUGAUUUUGUUCUCCAAGUGUUGCGAAGGCAUCGAUCGGAUUGGAAACCCGCCUUCGAUUUCUUCAAUUGGGUCACGAAAAGAGGUAAUGGAGAAGGUGAGUACUCCCCUGGUUCUGUUAUUUACAAUGAGAUUCUUGAUAUUCUUGGGAAAUCCAGACGCUUCGAGGAAGUAGACAAGGUGUUUGUAGAAAUGUCUAAGAGAAAAAAACUUGUUAACGAGGAAACAUAUUUAGUUCUUCUUAAUAGAUAUGCUGCAGCUCAUAAGGUGGAGGAAGCAAUUGACAUCUUCCACAGAAGGCAAGAACUUGGUCUUGAGAUGAAUUUGAUAGCGUUUCAGUCACUUUUGAUGUGGUUAUGUAGAUACAAGCAUGUAGAAAUUGCAGAGACCCUGUUCCACUCCAAGAAACAUGAGUUUUUUCCUGAUAUUAAGACGAGUAAUAUUGUUCUUAAUGGGUGGUGUGUGUUGGGAAAUGUUCAUGAAGCCAAGAGGUUUUGGAGGGAGAUAAUUGAAUCGAAGUGGGAGCCUGAUAUAUACACUUAUGGGACUUUGAUAAACUCAUUGACAAAGAAGGGAAAGUUAGGGACGGCUUUGAAGUUGUAUAGAGCCAUGUGGGAGAAGGGCUUAAAACCCGAUGUUGUAAUCUGCAAUUGCAUCAUUGAUGCACUUUGUUUCAAGAAGAGGAUUCCUGAAGCUCUAGAGAUCUUCAAGGAAAUGAACGAGAGAGGGUGUGCCUCAAAUGUAGCAACUUACAACACUCUCAUCAAACACCUCUGUAAGAUUAGGAGGAUGGAGAAGGUUAAUGAGCUUUUGGAUGAAAUGGUGGAGAGAAAUAGAAGUUGUUGGCCGAAUUCUGUGACGUUUAGCUACUUACUUGCGUCGGUAAGGGAACCGGAGGAAAUUCCAAUACUCGUGGAAAGGAUGGAGAGGAGUGGAUGCAAGAUGAGCAGUGACACUUACAAUCUGAUAUUGCGAUUGUACAUGGAGUGGGAUAUUGAGGAAAGGGUUGAGUGUACUUGGAAUGAAAUGGAAGAGAUGGGGUUGGGACCGGACCGUCGGUCUUACACGAUUAUGAUACACGGUUUGUACGAGAAGGGAAGAAAAGAAGAGGGGUUGCGUUAUUAUAGGGAGAUGACAUUGAAGGGAAUGAUGGUUGAGGCAAAGACUGAGAAGUUGGUGAAUGCUAUGAACGUGAAACUGCAGAAAAGAAGGUGAUGAAUUGAUCCCAAAAUGUAGCAACCAAGCACCCACUAGGAGCUAACUGUGUUGGAGCAUGGUAGACAUAGACAAGGAAACGUUGGAGCGAAGGGUGCAAGGGAAGUUAAACCCCAAUAUGAUCCUAAGAAGGUAAAAAGCAAUUUAACAUUAUUGUAUGAAAAGGUUAAUAUAUAUAUAUAUAUAUAGAUAUAGUUGGGUGGCUUCUCUCUAUCUACUAACACUAGUGAUAUAAUUUAGAGCCGGAUCUAAAUGUUGGCUAGGUAAGCUAGUAAAAGGAGUAGUUAUGAACCCUGUAGACCAUCCCAUGAGAGUGGUGAAGGGGGCCCUAACACUAGUGAUAUAAAUUAGUUACUAAUUGUGGUUUGAUUCAAAUUGUUUAUGUGGAGAUAUGUGAGUAAGGGUAUUAUAUACCAUGAGUUUGUAUAUAACUAAACUAUAUAAUAUUUAAUCUCUUCUUAGGAAUAUGUCAAUAGACAAGAUUAAUAUUUUAUAGGAUAAUCACACGUGUCUCGAUUUUAAUUUUAAGUGAAUUAUGAACUCUUGUCUACGAGGGCUCACCAUUUGGCUUGUAUGAGCAAAUGAUUUUUGUAAUAUGCCUACAAUUUUUUUGGGACUUGACCAAAUAUGUAGAUGAAAACACAAUUGACAAGAUGGAACUCAUUUCUUCCUAUUUAGGGAAAGUAGAGGAGUAAUUCUC